AUCUAAUAUGACAUCGUUCUGUUGCGAAUCAGCAGUGAAUUGAGUGAUUAAGUUUUCUAUUUAAAAAAAGGAUUUAGGUAACAAUUAAUUUAUAAUGGCUGGUUCUAAAGUCUCCUUAUCUCUGCAUUUAUGUGUGUUUUGGGAAUGACUUGUUUAAUACUCGCUUGUGCUGUACCGAAUCCAAAAAUCUUUUAUCCAUUUUUUGUAUUGCUUUUCUACGUACUCUCUGUCCUUCCUGUGCUUGCCAUGAAGCAAGGGAUAUUGGGUGGUGAAACAAAUCCUAAAGUGGAAUUUGCACUUUUCUUGACAGCUGGUAUGGUUCUAAGUGCGUUUGCACUUCCUAUCGUACUAGCUCACAGUCAUGUGAUUACUUGGUUAGCUUGCAAUCUAACUAUACUUGGGAACUUAAUAAAUUACUUGACAAUGUUUGGCUAUGCUAUGAAGGGUGAUGGCAUGGAUAGUAUCGGUGCUCCAUACGGCGGCAUGUUUUAAUUGGCAAGUCCAAACUAAAUGGCUCGUAGAAUUUAGGAUAAUUUUUAAGUAUUUAUAAAAAAUUAUUGAUCAAUAAAUAUUGGAUAUACUUAUAUAUAUGAA